GACGUUUCACUCAUGAUGUCAAACAUUUUUUGUUUUCAUUCAGAGUGAAUUCAAAUUCAAACUGCUCUUUAUUUGGGGCAAAUGCUUCUAGAAUUUGUAAUCAUAACCAGAUCGUAGUUUGCGCUCAGAUGGCAACCCACAUAAACAACGUUUUGAAGCAGGCGAUUCUCACUUUUACGUCGAAGUCAGAGUUGUUUGCCCCAAAUUUAAAUGCUCUAUCAAAUCUCCUGGAAAAAAUCACUGCUGAAGAUGUGAAUUUACAGCCACAGUUUGCUACUGAAUCGCUCUGGUCACGACCUGGAAAGGCCCCAGUUACAUGUAUUGAUAUCUAUGAAGAUGAAAAUCUAACAAUGGGCAUUUUCAUUCUGAAACCAGGGGGUAAUUUGCCCUUGCAUAACCACCCAGAAAUGUACGGUUUGAUUAAGGUAAUAUCAGGAAAAGUCAAAAUCACGAGUUAUUCUUUGAAUACACCUAAAACAUUAGAAGUAGAUCGGAGGAGCUUCAUGGAUGACCACCCAACAAAGUUAUUCUCCAGGAAGAACAUUGUAACGGCAGAACUUGUUUCUUCAGAAAUCCUUGAUACCUCAAGCAAGCCAUGUAUGUUAGAACCAAAUGAAAAGAAUCUCCAUGAAAUUGAGAGUGUAGAUGGGCCAGCUGCAUUCCUUGAUAUCCUAGCACCUCCUUAUGGUACCAUGAUACCAAAUAAUGGUCCAAGAUUGUGUUCAUAUUUUGCUGUGUUGAAUCAGGUAUCCAAAAAUGUAUUUAAAUUACAUGAAAUCAAAUCUCCAUCUUGGUAUUGGAAUGACAUGUUUCCAUAUACUGGGCCAGAACUGAAAGUAUAGUUAAAUUCCAUAAUUUGACAUGUGUAUAUGAUGCUCCAAAAGAUUGUCAUUUUAACAGAAAUGGCUGGAGACUGUCAAGUAUAGACUGUUCUUUCAAUCUGUUAUAAGAUGAGUAGAACUGACAGAUUCAAGAUUAUAUUGACAUGUAUUUAUUUGGUGCUCAAUGUACUUGCAUGUCAAUCUAGCAAUGAAUAACUCUCUCUCAGAAUAUUAUUCAUACUUGUAUCUUUUACAAGUUUUAUAUCAUAUUUUUUGUGAAUCUGUAUCUAACUUUACUAAUGGGAUAUGAGUAAUCGAAUAUCGAUGUGAAGGGCUAAUACCACAUACCAUUGAUUGAUUGAUUAAUUAUCUAUUUAUUAAUUGAAAUAUCUUUGAGGACAAUAUUUGUACCUACACCAAACUUUUUCAAUUUUAGGGGAUACCUGUAUUUUACAAUCGUUAUAUUUAAUUACAAGUUUUAAGUGAUUGUUUGCCUGAAAGCAUAAACAUUAGAGCCAUAAGGUAUUUUUUUAACUUAAUAGAUUUUAUCUGUUGUUUAUCCAAUAAAUUGUUCAAAU